CCUUAAUUUUGGUCCAAUUCCGAUAAUAAGCCGAUAUGAUAAUAGAACCUGAACAUUACUAAAAUAAUUCAAAUUCUAUAUAAUCAAAAUUUCAAAAUGUUAUAUCUCUGUCAAUAUUACACCUUAAAAAAUGAAUUAUAUGUCAAAAUGGUCAUUUUAUUAAGACAAAUCUAACAAGUUAAAGAUUAUUAAAAUCUAAUCACUAGAUCCUGAAAUAGCAAAAUUUAAAGCUAAAAUUUAUAUAUAACUUAAUACAUUUGGAACAGAAAUUAAUUAUAAGGUUUAUACAAAUUCAAAUUUAAGUUUUUUAAUAAUGUUUAGAAUUCUGUUAUAAUUAAUAGUUUAUUUAUAUUACUAACUACAUAUUUUAUUAUAGAUCUAUAUAGAGAUUUAAAUACUUUAAUAUUCAAAAGCUUAUUUGCAUUUGAAUGAUUAAUAAUCUGAAAAUAAGUAAAUCUGUUUUUUGUUUUCCAAAAUUACUUGUAAAUAUGAUGUUUGCUUUUCAUGCUUUCUUUUCCAAAAAUUUUAAAAACAUAACAAUUCCACAUGAAGGUCUUGCCGCUCAGUUUUUUACCGGAAGAGAUAUAGAAGUUCAACGUAAUAUAUUACAGAAUAAUUUCGGUUUAACAGACGAAGACAUAAAUAGUUGGGGACCAAGGGCCUUUUGUUAUCAAAUGACUCCAGAAAGUUUUGCUUUUUUUUUACACACUGCUAUAUAUUCUGCCGUAAAGGGCUUUAUCGCAGCAGAGCGUUCAAUGGCUAAUAGAAGAAAUAUGUUGGCAACAUCAAUAGCAAAACAUGUGACUUCUAUGGAUUUGAAACAGCAAAAAAUAGAAGAAGAGAUCCAAAAAGCAAAAAAGCGUUAUUCAGAGCAAACUUCUGAAAAGGAAAAAUCUAAGACAGAAAUAAAGCACAGGUCUAAAAAAGAUAAGAAAAAAAAGAAAAAAGUCCAACGCCAUAAUUCUGAUUCAGAUUUUACUUACCAAUAUGGGAGAUAUUCUGAUGAUCUAUUAGAUCAAACAAUUAAUGAACUGAUGGAGAAAGCCGCUGCCCGCUGA